UGUGGCGGGGAGGGGCGUUGCGCAAGGGGCGCCGAGCCGCCAUGGCGGUUGUGCGCGUCGCGGAGUGGCGGCCUGUGCUGAGGGGGUGCUGUCGACUGGCUCGCUGAGCCGCGGUGUGAUAGUUAAAAAUAGUUACGGCUUCUCGGGAUACCCAGUGAUAUAAAACGAGCUCUCGUUCCCUGGGAGAGAUGAGCUCCCAUUUAUUUUUUGCUUUCAGCGUAUACAGUGAAUAAAAAAGUGAUUUACCUUUUAUGAGGGGUCAGAUUAGUCAUUCUAAUUAUCUUAAAGUCCAUUAACUUGCAUUUUGUUAAAAGCCAUAUGUGGUUGCUAGAUAAGUAUUAAUUUAAAGACAUCUUCAAUUAACUCCAAUAUAUUUAUAAAAUGCAGGUUCUCUGGAUUAAGAUUAUUACAUUGACUAAUUUGGAUCAUAAGUAGGCUCCUGUAAAGAAGCUGUGUGCAUUAGUAAGUGCUAUUUCCAGCUUUUUGCUUUUAAGUAAUGCUGCUAUGUACUGUGGUUGCCACAGAAAGGAGUAGAUCUUUGUUUUUUAAUGAAAGUGUGUUAAUCUUGUGACAGCAUAUGGUUCUAAUACAGCUGUUCCUAUUUUACCAAGUAUUUAAUGAUGGUAUGGUCCCUUUUCUAUGAGGCAGAAAACAUCUGACUGGGUAAUGCCGGGUCUUUCGACUAUUAAGCCUGUUGCUGUUUUAGUAGUGUUUUGGCUAUACUAGUAUACUAUACUUUUGGCUAUACUAGGCAAAUACUAGUAAUACUUCUUAGGCUGAUCAAAUCACAGGUGGAGGCAGAGAUUUGAAGAGCACUGCAGGAAAUAAGCAAACUUACUCUUGUAGGUCUACCUCAGAAGGCUGAAGUUAUUUCUGCUCAUUGUUGAUACUGCCAAUCAGCUGGUAGUCAAAACCCUAGAGGGAGUGCAACACAACUGGUGAGUGCCUUGCAGUCCACACUGAUGCAUUGUCAUCCUCAUUAGCAGUUUAAGCUAAAAGAGCCCACUAGUGCAUUUCGUUGGCUCUGCCAUCUCAAAGGCAUUCGCAAAGUAAAUGUAUGUCUGUGCUGUCUGCCAUGGCACAUAUCCUUCCGGACAGCAGAGACAGAAACUACAUCCCUUUUUGCAGUGUUGAAAACAGGUUUUCAUGUAAAAAAGUUAUUAACCUAGUGUACUCAGAAUGUUUCUCACAUUGGCUACUUUAUUGUUUUGUUUGUGUCUUUUUUUUUCCUGUUACAGGAAUUUGCAUGAAGUGAUUAAUUUCCACCAUGAUCUCACAGUGUUCACAGGAACUCUUAAAAAUUGCAAAUCUCCACAGUCUGAAAUUAAAUCAGUAUUUAAGAAAGCACAGAAGAGCUUUCAGCACCAAGUCACUGCCUAUAUGUCGUAGGAGAGUAGUUGUUACAGGUAUUGGCUUAGUGUCUCCUCUUGGUGUGGGGACUCAGUUUGUGUGGAACCGCCUUCUCCAAGGAGACAGUGGGAUUGCAUCGCUAGACGGGGAAGAAUAUGCAGGCGUUCCAUGUAAAGUGGCUGCUUGUGUGCCAAGGGGAAAUGAGGAGGGUCAGUUCAGUGAAGAAAGCUUUGUAUCAAAAUCAGAGAUCAAAUCCAUGAGUUCUGCUACUGUCAUGGCAAUUGGUGCAGCAGAGCUAGCAAUAAAAGACGCCAGUUGGUCUCCGCAGUCUGAACAGGACCGCUUAACAGCUGGUGUGGCAAUUGGAAUGGGAAUGGUUCCGCUGGAAGAGAUUUCUGAUACAGCUUUUUUAUUUAAAACAAAGGGUUAUAACAAGGUCAGCCCAUUCUUUGUGCCAAAGAUUUUAGUUAAUAUGGCGGCAGGUCAGAUCAGCAUUAAAUACCAGCUGAAGGGGCCAAAUCAUGCUGUGUCUACUGCUUGUACCACAGGAGCACAUGCUGUUGGAGACUCCUUUAGAUUUAUUGCCUCUGGUGAUGCUGAUGUGAUGUUGGCUGGAGGGACUGAGGCUUGUAUUAGUCCCUUGUCUCUGGCUGGAUUUGCAAGAGCUCGGGCUCUCAGCACUGGUUUUAACUCAAGCCCUAAAAUGGCAUGUCGACCAUUUGAUUCACAGAGAGGAGGGUUUGUAAUGGGAGAGGGUGCAGCAGUGCUGGUGUUGGAAGAGUGUGAACACGCUACACAAAGAGGUGCUAGGAUCUAUGCAGAAGUUUUAGGUUAUGGACUGUCUGGUGAUGCUUGCCACAUUACAGCACCUAGUCCAGAGGGAGAUGGUGCAUUCAGAUGUAUGUCUGCAGCAAUAAAAGAUUCUGGAAUCAAACCUGAAGAUAUAACAUAUGUCAAUGCACAUGCAACUUCUACACCUCUAGGAGAUGCUGCUGAAAAUCAGGCAAUCAAGAGACUUUUUAAAGAUCAUGCACGUAAUAUUGCAGUUUCCUCCACGAAAGGAGCAACAGGACAUCUCUUGGGGGCUGCAGGCGCUAUUGAAGCAGCUUUUACGGCACUGUCCUGUUACCAUGGAAUUUUGCCACCUACUCUAAACUUACAGGAAACAGAGGCAGAAUUUGAUCUCAAUUAUGUUCCACUAACAGCUCAGGAGUGGAAAACUGAAAAACGGCGUAUUGCACUCACAAAUUCAUUUGGCUUUGGUGGUACUAAUGCAACUUUGUGCUUUGCAAGUGUUUGACUUAUACUGUACAUGAGAAAAGUGAAUUUUUAUUUGAAUUUUUAUAGUACUCUGAAGAAUGACACUGAUAAUGAUUGUGUACUGUCACAUUUUGUGUAUACCGUGUGAUCUUUUUCGUUUUUCGCAGCUUUGAGACUUGCUCUGUUCAUACGUAAGAACUUUACUCACCCGAACAUUUACGUCAGUAAUUCUUUUAAAAAGAGGGAAUUUCCUUUAUUAAUUUUAAUAAAAAUAAAUAAAAGGCCUA